AUGAUCAUACUCUUUAAAAGCAAGGAGACUGACUCAGGUUCUUACAUAGCGAUGAAGUCUUUGUUUUUAUUCCUAUUCGGCUUUGAUCUACUGUUGUCACCAGUGUAUUCACUGUGCCCGCUGCCACCGAUGGUCGCAAAUGCUGUAGGCAACACAGGGCACGACAAAUUGAAUGGCUACUACAUUGAGUAUUCUUGUAACCUGGGAUACUACAUUGGCUAUGGCGAUUCACGUCUGAAAUGUUCGAAUGGUACUAUCAAUGGAAAUCUACCGACAUGUAUGAUGAUAACAUGCAGUAAAUGCAUCACGUUGAAUUACGGCAAAUCGAACUGCAAUUCAUCCCGUACCUAUAAUUACAACAGCACAGUGGAAUAUUGGUGUGAUUCCGGUUUUAUUUCUUACGGCAAUAACAGUCUAAGAUGCGGAGAUAAUGGUUCCUGGGUUAUUGAUAAUGACACUUUCAGAAUGACAUGUAACGCAAGUAAAACUUAUAUCGGAUGCUACGACAUGGAAAAUGUUACAUCUACAUCUACGAAUAUAGACAACUGCAGGCUUGACUGCCAAAGAAAUGGUUAUCACUACGCUGGUUUCAAUAAUGCCGGCUGUGCUUGUGGAAACACAUUGACAAAUCAGGCAUCCAAUCAGUGCCAAGAGAGGUGUAACAUUAAUGGGACUGUUACCUGCGGAGGUACUGGGAACAUCAGGACAACGCAUUAUUCAUUCUACGGCUGUUACACAGAUUCAACAGUUCCGACGAUAACGAUUAAAUUCCAGGCCGAUUCAACAAAGAAUUGCAUCGAAUAUUGCCGAUUGCGGAACAAGCGCUAUGCACUGCUUCUUUCUUUUGACAAAUGCAGUUGCCAAGAUCUUGUGAGCAUAACUGCAACACCAGUCGAGACUAAAAGAUGUCAGUUUAGAAACGUUACAAAUGUCUACUUCGUGCGUAUUAUUGAUCUGGAAAAGUUUUACGCCAGCUGCCAAGAUCUUUACAAAGCCGGAGUGCACUAUCACGGAGAUUAUGUUCUGGGCAAGAAUCGUAAAUUAACUACAUGCAAUUUUAAAGAUGGAACCAUCUGCGAUCAUCAGUGGAUUGGCUACAAAGGAGCGUGUUAUCAUUUCAAUAGCGGCAACAAAACAUUCCAGGAUAGUCUCAGCUACUGUGCAAGUCUAAAUUCAGACCUUGCGUCAAUCCAUGAUAGAGAUGAAGUGGAUUUUCUUAAACAAACUAUAACAGAAUUCCAGGAUUUGAAACAACAACCAAAUUGGUAUAUUGGACUUUAUGACAGUUUACAGUCAAGCAAUUAUCUUUGGUCUGAUGGAACGCUGAAAGUAUUUAAUGACUUCAUUCAAGAACGUCCAUCGAAGAACUACUGGCAGUGUGUACAUUUAAUGGCAAAUGGAUGGACAGAUACACCAUGUUGGGUUCCCGCAGGUGUAAUUUGCAAAAAGAAACAAAAUGCCAACCAAUGUCUCAGUCUAACAAACACAACAUCUGAAAGCAAAUAUAUUACUCACGAUCCGGAUAUGAAUCCUGGAUUGUGCUUCCAGAUCUGUCGAGGUUUGAACAUGCCAAUAUCUGCUGUAAAUACAGUGACGUGUCAUUGUUAUCUAACAAUGCCACAACACAGCGUCCUUAACUGGACAGAAUGUUCGAAAUAUUGCAAAUCAAAUAAUCAUCAGAAUUGUGGAGGAGACCAAAAUAUUUUUUUUGUAACAAAAGAAUCUGGUCAACCUAAAGCUCUCAGUUGUAACGAGUUGCAAUUACAAGUAAUGGCAAAUUCUUUCACGCAAGAUUCGGCUGGUGUUCCUCUUUGCCCAGGAAAUAGCACAAACUCUUGUCCACACACCUGGAUUGCAUCUCAUAAUAGUUGCUACAAAUUCUUCGAAAGUCGUGUCCUUUACAAUGAUGCUGUGGAACAGUGUAUAAAAAAUAAUGCUUAUAUCGUGUCGAUCAAUGAUGCCACCGAAGAGUCUCGCUUGCUUGCAAUAAUCCAGAAAAUCCAAGUGUUCCAAAAUAUCUUCGAAUGGUGGAUUGGACUCACCAAUGUACAACACCUUGGUGUUUUUCGCUGGUCGGAUGGCCAACCGGUUUCCUAUAACAAAAUUACUAACAUGAAAUAUAAUGAUGUUACCUGGAUCCCAAUAAAAAACAUGUGGUCAACCAGCAAUAAUUAUCAGGCAUUUAUAUGUGAAAAAGAUUCAGCUUUUCGCGGCUGUUACAAAGAUAUUUCACAAGCAAGCGUCAUCACAUCAACUGUCGACAUGACAGUGAACAUGUGCGUUGAAUUGUGUCGUGGAAGAAUCAAAAACUAUGCUUUGUUGGAGGAGUACCUUUGCUAUUGUUCAGACAAUAUAUCCACUCAGGCGACUUGUGACACAAAGGCGACGUGCAAAGCUCAGCCAAAUCAAUUGUGCGGCAAGUAUCCAGUUUUCGCUGCCUACCAAGUUGACCAGUUUAAAAAGUUUGCCAAUAACUGUCAAGAUCUCCUUUUUGAGGGAAUCACAGCUCCUACAGUUUACGUGCUUGAAGAUAAACGCAAGAAUUGUGACUUUAGAGGGAACGUCUCCAUUUGUCCAUCUGACACAAGGACGUGGAUCGGUUUCGACGGUCAAUGCUAUCUUCUUGUGAACGAAACGAAAUCCUGGGUCGAAGCUCAAAAUUAUUGUCUCUCAAUCGGUAGUACUUUGGCAUCCAUCAGUGACGAGCAACAUCUUGAGUUUCUCAUUAAGUCAAUCAAACCUCGUUACUCGUUGACAUAUCAUGCAACCGUUUGGCUUGGUGGAUCCGAUGACAUAUAUGAAGGUUUCUAUAGCUGGGUCGAUGGUAACUUGUUAUCAAAAAAACAAUCUAAAGCCAUUGGUACUGGCGAGCAAUAUCACUUGGCUUUGGUGAAACCAAGCUAUCAACUCACAAAAACAAAAACAACUCUCGGUUAUAUCCUGUGCCAGAUAACAAAAGACUAUCGAGGUUGUUUUCAGACACCAGCCAGUUCAUCUCCAAACAUUACAAUUCUGGUGACAACGGAGAAUUUGGUCAGUGUAAAUUUGUCUUCUCUUGUGUGGGUCGCAAGACACAUGGGCGUUGCAUCUACUGGCUCCAGAUUGGCUACUCAUUGUUCCCAGUUAGCUAUCAAUGGAAUAUUCUUAAAUGCGACAUACAAACUCUGGAAUUCGACAAAAGGUUCAAGCGAAUUCAAACAAUGUGGACAAGCAGACAACAGCAGUUGUCCAAUUGGAUGGGUUGGAAAAGACGGCGUUUGUUACGACUUUUCUACUAAGAAAACCAAACUUUCAGAAGCAAGGAACAUAUGCUUUUCAAAAUCGGCCAUUUUAAGUUUUCCCGUCAACGCAGUGGCUAGAAAAUUCAUUGUGGACAUGGUGAAUGCAGUUCCCACAAUUUGGCCUUUAGGAAAAUUCUUUGUCGGCGUGCAAACUUUCAAUCGCGGGUCAUAUGUUGCUGCGACAGGCAAGAUCAUUAAAUCUGACAAUGAUAUACCAACGUCUUUCAACCAAUUGACAUUAACGUGGAGCAACACUUAUUCAACGCCAAGCAGCACAAGUUUGGAGUAUUUCAUCUGUGAGAAGUUUUCUGGUUACAAAGGUUGUGCGUCAUUAUCGAAUCAGCAACAAUCUGUCAGCCUCACCACUCUAGCAAUGACGGCUACCCAAUGUUUAGAAUUCUGCCGCGGUCAAGAAUUCUCACUAGCUGCUGUCAAUACCACUUCUUGUUUUUGUCUCAAAGCAGACGAAGUUUUAAGUUGGCAACCUAAGUCAUCUAUCGACUGGUGCUUCCAAUCCUGUCCAGGUUUUGAUAAUCAACCCUGUGGAGGCAAAAAUGUAUUCUCCGUGUAUGAGGCAGAUCAAAACGCCUCGUUGCCUGAUUCUUGCGAUGAGCUCGUCAACUUGGGAGUGACGGCCAAAUCGACGUAUAAAUUACAACCAAACAAUUAUACAUCAAUUUUGAAGACAACAUGUUUCUCCACGGGAGGUUAUGCUGAAGGUAUCCAGCCAAAUAACUACAUUUUCACCUCUAAACAGGCAUCCUUUUCAACCACAGAUCUUCGAGUACACAUCUUUCCGACAAUGAGCAACGCCUGGAAACCAGCGUCUGUAAACGGUCAGUGGGUGGAGGUAGCGUUACCCAGUUUGUACACCGUGACUGGCAUACGGACACGAGGCGUUAUGAAGCCCAACGAAAGGUGGGUAAUGUCUUAUGAAUUGUUUUAUGGAGAUGCAAGUCCUGGUUACCUGGCUCCCUACAGUGAGAAUAAUAUCACUGAGUUUCAGGCAAACACCGAUGGUAACAGUGUCGUCACUCGACUCUUCAGAAAACCUUUUGUGGCUAACACUAUUCGUCUCGUUGUUAAACAAAGCCAUAUAUCAAUUGCCUUAGGCUUUGAAUUCCUUGGCCAACCAUAUGAACAUGUUUUUGCUUCUAACAAAGCAAUCGGUUGUUUUGCUGGUGAUAAUUCGACAGGCAACGUGUUAGCUACUGCGACUACAAAAGAUGACUGCAAAAAGACGUGUUUGGCGAAUGGAUAUCCAAUAUAUGGCAUCCAAGAAAAGAAAGGAACAUUUAUGUGCAAAUGUGUAUUGAGUUUUGGAAAAUACGGCCAAUUGAAUGACACUGAAUGUCUCAGUGACAGCAAUGUAUCCCCUUUUAUUUUGUAUCGAACCUUUGAAAUGGCAUGUCAGUCUCCUGACCUAGUUAAUUGGGCCAAAAUUAUACCAUUGUCAAAUCCUGUGCAAGGAAAGUAUGCAUAUAAUAUGAAAGUGAUGUACACGUGCAUUCUUGGUUAUGAGUUUCCAGACAAAAGCAACAGUUCCAUUGUUAAAUGCCUGGAAAAUAACCAAUGGGAAUCAUUACCUGGAAAUUGUUCAAGAAAACAUUGCUCAGCAAUUCCUAAAAAAAUUUCUUUCAUCUGUCAACAAAAUGUCACAUGGGCAUUUAACAAUGAAGAAUGCCAAGCUCCUGACCCAUUCCACCGCCAAAAUACUGUGACUCAAGGUGAAGAGAACAAGAGGAUUGCUACUCCAUCUUAUUCCUUACAUGUCCGUAGUCUCUUGGACUGUAUUAGCAAAUGUAUGCAGCAUAUGACAUGCUCUAUCCUCAGCUUACACACUCAAUCAUCAAAUGAAGGGGCCAACUGUGAUUUAUUUCUUGGUACACGUCCACAGAUCAUUUUAACUGAUGCUCCAGGUUGGAACAUGUAUUAUAUGAGACUAAUUAGAUAA